GCUUCCAAAAUGGCAACCGGGCGGGGCGGCCGGCGGGCGGCAUGCUGCGGGCGGCGCUGAGCCGCGUGCCGAUACUGUUGAGCCGCGCGCGGCCCCGCGGGCCCGGCCCGAGGUGGCUGUGGGGGCCAGGGGUCCGCCUGCAGGCCGCGGGGACAAGGCGGGCCUGGGGGUGGGGCUGGCGGCGCUUGAGCUCUGAGCCGGGACCCGGGCCGGCGCACUACCAGCUAGUCUACACCUGCAAGGUCUGUGGCACCAGGUCCUCGAAGCGCAUCUCCAAGCUCGCCUAUCACCAGGGUGUGGCCAUUGUGACCUGCCCCGGCUGCCAGAACCACCACAUCAUCGCCGACAACCUGGGCUGGUUCUCGGACUUGGAUGGGAAGAGGAAUAUUGAAGAAAUUCUGGCGGCCAGAGGGGAGAAGGUACGCCGAGUGGCUGGCGAGGGGGCCCUGGAGCUCCUUCUGGAGGCUGUAGUGCCCCCCAAAGCCACCACUGCUGCGGAAGGGGCUGAGGAUCAGGAUCCCACCCGGCCCGGCAAGACAGAGGCCAGCUGACCCGUCUUCUGCUUUGGAGAAGGGUGCUCCAGUCCUGGGCCACUCUGGACUUCUGUUUUCUAUCAAUAAACAGACUUCACCACAGAC